UUAUGUAUUUUUUUUUCAUUUAAUUUUGUGUAAAAUAAAUGAACCAAAUAAAGACAAUGAUAAAGAUAGUGAUAUUAAUAUUGCAAUGCAGUAGUGGAACACUACUUCAUUUGGCCCGUUCCUAUUUUAGCAGUCUUUCCAUAUAUUCAAAUUAUAUAUGCCAAGAGUGAAGGUUUUGGCUGCUAAAGUGCCAUGUCAUGCUGAACUUGACAAACUGGUCUGCUUAGAUGAAUCACUGCAUCUACACCAUCUAAUCCAUAGUCAUACAGUGAAAGCAUUAGAAAUUAGAGAGCAGAAGAAUGAAGCCCCAGCUGCAUGGAGUUAACUGUAUACUAUAAACUAUAACUCUACUGACUGUGAAUCCAAAGGCAGCCGUAACCUUCCUACUCACUCUGCUGCCUGUGUGUUUAAAGGAGGGGAGACCAUAAAGUCCCAAGCUGGUUGGAGGAGGAAACAGGAAAGGGAGGAGUUCUUAUUGACACCUCCCCCUCCACCGGCUCUCUUUUCCUAAGCUCCCUGAAACACAGAGCGAGCACAUGGCUGCCUGGUUUUGAAACCGACCUCACUCAUGGUGGUAGAGGACAUGUGCGCCUGUGCAGUCCCUCCCCUGGCAAGUGCAGCAGAAAAACGGAAGCAGAAUGCAAGCCUGUAUGUGCGUGUAGAGAGGUUAGAAAAGGGGAGGGCAUAAAAACACACACACACACACAUUUGCGGCAGAUGUAACAAAAAAAAAAGUCGAAUCAGCCAAGAGUGAAGGUUUUUGGAAGGAGAGAAGCCAGGGGAGAGUGGUUUCUUGUUCCUUGUUCUGAAACAGAUCCUAAAGCCUCAAGUCUUUCAGUCCAUCUGUUCUGUGCUGUAGUCCAUCUGCUUCCCUCCAGCAUUAAAAGAUUCUGUAGGUCUUCAUUUGCUCACUUCUGCUUGCAUCAUGUCGCUGCUGACUCACGUGCUGGCGUGUCUGUUUGGAAUGGGCUCCUGGGUGGCCAUCAAUGGGAUGUGGGUGGAGCUCCCCUUGAUCGUAAAUGAUAUCCCAGAGCACUGGUUGCUGCCCUCCUACCUCACAGUCCUCAUCCAAAUGGCCAACAUAGGCCCUCUCUUCAUCACGCUGAUGCACCGCUUCCGCCCAGGGGUGCUCGAUGAGCGGCCGGUCAUCUACGGCAUUGUAGGAUUGGGCAUCGUUGCUACAUUCCUUCUGGCUUUCCUUUGGAAGCAUACAGUGACCUUCGGAAACUCUGUGCAUAGUGUUCCACUGCUGACAUUGAGUUUCCUGCUAUCUGUGGUGGACUGCACCUCAUCUGUUACCUUUCUUCCUUUCAUGAUGCGGCUGCGUCCACAAUAUCUCACAACGUAUUUUGCAGGUGAGGGCCUCAGUGGUCUCGUGCCUGCAGUGGUGGCACUUAUUCAAGGCGUUGGUGUAGUUCAUUGUGAAAAUGCCACUUUAUCUAAUAAUUCCAACAUAACUGACAAUGGAAUGCUACAGGCCAUCUACCAGCCUGCUAAAUUCUCUGCACAGGUCUUCUUCAUAUUCCUUAGUGUAAUGAUGGUCGUGUGUCUGGUCGCUUUCCUCCUACUCAAUCACCACCCAGCUGUGGCUCGUGAGAGAAAAAGCGAACGGUACUUCAGUGGGGAACUUGAUCGUGAGAAGAAAGAACAAGGCCUAUCUCUGAAUGCCCAGACACCAGAGCAAAAGCCCAUGAUCAGCCCCUCGGAGGCUGGCAAGAGGGAACCUAGGAGUUCUUUUGGGAGGGGGACAUAUAGUAUCUUUGAGGUGGUCUUUAUCUUUGUAGUGUUGGCUUGGGUCAAUGCUCUGACCAAUGCAGUGCUGCCUUCAGUGCAGUCCUACUCAUGUAUGCCUUACGGGAACAAGGCUUACCAUCUAGCUGCCACCAUGGGAGCUGUUGCUAACCCUGUGGCUUGCUUCAUUGCCAUGUUCAUACCAAUAAGGUCUCUUGUCUUCAUGGGAGUUUUGACCAUUUUUGGGACUGGAUUUGGAGCCUACAUUAUGGGCAUGGCUGUUCUAAGUCCCUGUCCUUUGCUGGUCCACAGUACCUCUGGAACUGUAGUCAUAGUGCUGGCCUGGAUACUCUUUGUCCUCACCCUGUCUUAUGUCAAAGUCAUCAUUGGGGUGAUCCUGAGGGAUGAAGGCCACAGUGCCCUCGUGUGGUGUGGAGCUGUAGUGCAGCUGGGUUCAAUGCUUGGUGCUCUAACCAUGUUUCCACUUGUUGGUUUCUAUCAGUUUUUUAAAUCGGGUGAUGCUUGCAACACUAAGUGUCCAACAUAGAUGUAAAAUGUGUCUAAGUUCAACUCUGCUGUACGGAACUCUAGCAUUAAUUGCACUUGUUUUAGUAGAACUGCACUUAUUCCAACUUGUUGUAAGAGAGCUGGCAAGUUAUAGAUGAAAAUCCACCACAGUAUCACUCCGUGUUUUUUUACCUAAGUUCUGUUUGUAAAUUUCAUAUACUUUAUCAGUAGUUAAUGAUGUAUGAAGUACACAUACACCCAGUGCUUAGCAAAUUAUUUGGACCACCUCUCAUAAAAACAAGAAAACACAAAUAAUUUCACAAAGUUUGAAUUCACACUUUUAUACCCAAAUCUGAACGGACAAACUGGACCUUAUCUGAGAAGUCAGAAUCAAGCACAACAUUCAACCACUAAAACAAACUUUUCUGUUCAGUAAUACAAGUAAAUGAGUAUAAUUUGUCAUUUUAAUUUUGAAAAAUAAUUGAAAGACAAGCUUUAUUUUUAUUUAUUUAUUUUUUGUGAAACACAAAAUCUGAAAAGUCUACUUGCAAAAAUUGAUGCAGUCUCUUUAAUUCAUUAAAGAAACAUAAAAUAAUGAUUUUGGUAAUUACCAGUAUUAUUAAUAUAGAGCUGCUGUGGCACAAACCUUACAUUGGAUGGUGAUCUAAUAAAUUUGUUAAGCACUAUAUCCAUCUAUAGUGUCUCAGACUACAAAAAGACCAAACUAAAUAGUGUUCUGCCACUGAAUAUAUCAAUAUAAUAUAUAAAACCUUGUCGGUUCAAAAGGUCAAAGCUAUUUUACUUGAAGUUUGAACAUCAUGUCAGAUGAUGAUGUUCAACAUGUACUUUAUUGAUUUUGCUUUAUAAGAAGUUAUGGUACUGUCGCCUUUAAAAUGUGCCUUAAUUCUAUAAAAUGACCUGGGCAUUUUGGGGGAUAGACUACUGUGUUGUUUAAAUAAAACUACAAUGUGCUUUGUAUAUGUUACUGAAGUGGAGAAACUGUUGAACAAUACCAAAUAAAACAUUUGUUUAAUUACUGUCUAAAAAAA